ACGGACGAUGUUUAGAGGUGCACACAUCCUGACGGUGGAUCUAGAAAAGAAUACGUGUACUUUCUGUUGCGAUUUUAUUCCACCUUAAAACAUUACAUUUCGUCCCCAAUUUUCUUUAGUGGUUCUCGUCUAGCUGAUGGCGACGGUGGAAGAACUGAAACUGAGAGUGCGAGAGCUGGAAAAUGAGCUGAUAAAGUGUAAGCAGAAGCAGUGUGCCAUGGAAGAUGCUCACAACCAAGCACUAAACAGACCCAAAAUUGACAAAAUGAGCGCCGAAGUCGUGGAUUCAAACCCGUACAGCCGCCUCAUGGCUUUAAAGAGAAUGGGAAUCGUGGAUGAUUAUGAGAAAAUCCGAACAUUCACAGUAGCUGUAGUUGGUGUGGGUGGAGUUGGCAGUGUAACAGCUGAAAUGCUCACUAGAUGUGGCAUUGGUAAGCUGCUCCUCUUUGACUAUGAUAAAGUAGAGCUGGCCAACAUGAACAGGCUGUUCUUCCAGCCUCACCAGGCAGGCCUCAGUAAAGUGGAAGCAGCAGAGCACACUCUAAGAAACAUCAAUCCAGAUGUAGCGUUUGAGACCCAUAACUACAAUAUCACAACAAUGGAAAAUUUUACACAUUUCAUGGAUCGCAUCAGUCAUGGAGGGCUGGAAGAAGGAAACCCAGUGGAUUUGGUUCUGAGCUGUGUGGACAACUUUGAGGCUAGAAUGGCCAUCAAUACUGCCUGCAAUGAACUAGGUCAGAUCUGGAUGGAGUCUGGUGUGAGUGAGAACGCCGUAUCCGGGCACAUCCAGCUCAUCAUCCCUGGAGAGACUGCUUGCUUUGCUUGUGCUCCUCCCCUGGUGGUAGCUGCAAACAUUGACGAGAAGACCCUAAAACGAGAGGGUGUGUGUGCUGCCAGCUUACCAACAACAAUGGGAGUAGUUGCAGGCCUCCUGGUACAAAAUGUCCUCAAAUAUCUGUUGAAGUUUGGUACUGUCAGUUAUUAUCUUGGCUACAAUGCCAUGCAGGACUUCUUCCCCUCCAUGGCGAUGAAAGCCAACCCCCAGUGUAAUGACCGACACUGCCGGAGACAACAAGAGGAGUACAAGAGGAAAGAAGCAGAGAAGCCCAAGGUGGAGGUUGUGCAGGAGGAGGAGGAAGAGGUCGUACACGAAGACAAUGAAUGGGGUAUUGAACUGGUAUCAGAGGUUACUGAUGCAGAGUUACAGGCCGCAACAGGGACUGUGCCUGACCUCCCAGAGGGCAUCACCGUGGCUUACACCAUUCCAGCUGGGGAAACAGAAAGUGGGGAGACAGUGGAGGAGACUGAACAGAGCCUAGAAGACUUAAUGGCUCAAAUGAGAAAGUUGUAGGCAACAAUGAAGAUGCAUUUCUGCAAGACAUACCUAUUCUUAAUACAUAAUAGGAAAUUGUGCAAUGACUUUCCAAACAACUAAAUAUCAGGAAUGCAUGAGAACUGUUACUAAAGGCAUUUCACACAUAAGAAAUAGCAUUUGAAAUUAUACUAAUUUCUUAUGGAAUGACAACAAACCUAAAUAAAUAUCAGUUAGUGCAUUCA